AAGACGGAGCGAUGAAACGUCCGAACGCCGCUGCUGCGACACAGCCGACUGCGAAUACGAUAUGUCUCGCUACCUGGCCAUCUGUCAGUUCGUGACGGGCAUCGUGUUGCUCUGCGUCGGCUACGCUCUGAUUACUCGCGAACCGGAAGCUGUCAACAUCGGCGACGUCGACGUACGGCCUCUCUACCGUUGCUACUGGCCAGGCUUCUUCCUCAUCUUUGUCGCAACCCUCAGCGUUGCGAUUUCGUCGACUUUCAAAUGGCGAAACGCUCCAAAUUUCUUGAUGGCCGCUUUCUUCUCACUCAGCACUCUCACCACCCUAAUCUGCUUGGUCGUUGGCGCUAUUGUCGGUCUAAUGGCGUCCCGGAUGUUGGAUUAUGACUUGAACAACUGCCUCGUUCUUUCCCAACUCCAGAAAGAGUUGUACGUGAAAUACGGGCCUGUUUGUUUGUGUAGUACGAGUGUUCGGAACAACACAAUUUUGAGUGUCCAUCCGGUCGAUUUCUUUGCCUUUCGUUCCGACUGCGAGAGCGCGUUGGAUGACAUAACGCCGCUUCUACAGGUCGCCUCGUGUCUCUUGGUUCUAUCCGGAGUACAAGGGUUGAUGUCGACGUUCAUCGGUUGGUAUGGUUUUGCGUUCACAAAGAAAAGCGCACGAACUCAAAGACAAACGACUGUAGAAUAGAGCAAUUGCUUGUUUAUUUAUUUUACGUAUGACUAAUACCUCUUAUGGUACGUAUUGUUAGUCAGUGCAAUCGUCGGUACAUGUAUGUGUACAGUAUAUGUACCAUCAGUAUGUGCACUGUACAUGUACAUGUAUGUACAGUAUAUACACCAUCAGUACAUGUAUGUAUACCAUCAGUAUGUAUACCAUCAGUAUGUAUACCAUUAGUAUGUGUACCAUCAGUAUGUAUACCAUCAGUACAUUUAUGUAUACCAUCA